CUUCAUACGCAAUCACCAUGGCUGCGGUGCCGCCGCGAAUGCGAGGGGGCAAGGCUCGAAUUAAACCCGUGAAGAAGCAUGGUCCCGACAUCUCCAUGGACGAGACAUGGACGAAGCUCGCGCGAAACAUCGUCGAGAUCCAGAACCACAACGCCGCGAACCUGUCGUUCGAGGAGAACCACCGGUAUGCGUACAACAUGGUGCUAUACAAGAAUGGCGACCGGCUGUACAAAGGCGCGUCGCAGCUCGUAGCGGAGAACCUGGACAAGCUCGCCAAGGAGUACAUCAUCCCUGCUUUCCCCACUGGUGUGACGAAUGACCCUGUGCAGAGGAGCCAGGAGGGCGAGAUGCUGCUCAAGUCGCUGAAGAAGGUCUGGGACGACCACACAUCGAGUCUGUCAAAGCUGCGGGAUGUUCUGAAGUAUAUGGAUCGCGUAUACACGAAGACCGCGCAUGUACCGGAGAUAUGGGACCAAGGCCUCAUUCUGUUCAUCAAGCACAUCAUACGGCCUCCAAUCGAGGACCAUGUCAUAUCCGCCAUCCUUACUCUCAUACAGAUCGAACGCGACGGGUACACGAUCAACCGUUCAUCCGUGAAGGGUUGUGUCGAUGUGUUCCUCCAGCUCACGGACUCCAACAGUCGUGAUGUCACCUCACUUUACCGCAGAGACGUCGAGCCGGCUGUGCUUAAAGAGAGCGAGAACUUCUACAAGAAUGAAGGCGAGAGACUACUGGAGACUUGCGACGCACCCGAGUACCUUCGAAGAGCGGAGGCACGCUUCCAGGAGGAAGAAUCCCGGACACAUCACAUCCUAUCUACAUUGACGACCCUUCCCCUGCAGCGAAUACUGGAGAAGAACCUAGUUUCGCCCCAUCUGUGGACUGUGGUCAACAUGCCUAACUCUGGUCUGGAUGCCAUGAUUGACUCGGAUCGGCUGGACGAUUUGGCGCGUCUGUAUCGGCUAUUCACUCGAGUCACUGCUGGUCUUCCUUGUCUGCGGAAGUCCUUGAGGGAAACUGUCAUCCGCCGAGGCAAAGAGAUCAACGAUGCUAGCACGGGACCUAGCGGUGAUGGUGCGGAGUCGCAGGAGGAAGAGGCUGCUGCUGAACCAUCUGCAAAGGCUAAGGGCAAGGCGAAAGCUCGCCCGCCUAAUCCCGCUUCGCAAACACUGGCGCUCGCGCUGAAGUGGGUACAGGAUGUGCUAGACCUCAAAGACAAGUUCGACACGAUGUGGAGCAAGGCGUUCCAGAGCGAUCGUGAUCUCGAGAGUGGGCUGAACGAGGCUUUCGAGACCUUCAUCAACCUCAACGAGAAGUCACCUGAGUAUAUCUCACUGUUCAUUGACGAGAACCUGAAGAAAGGGCUCAAGGGGAAAUCGGACACAGAAGUCGACAUUGUGCUGGACAAGACGAUCACCGUCUUUCGGUUUGUCACAGACAAGGACGUCUUCGAGCGGUACUACAAAAGCCAUCUGGCGAAACGUUUACUCCUCGGCCGCUCCGUCUCCGACGACGCGGAGCGGGGAAUGCUCGCAAAGCUCAAGGUGGAAUGCGGGUACCAGUUCACGCAGAAGCUCGAGGGCAUGUUCCACGACAUGAAGAUCUCCGCAGACACCAUGCAAGCCUACCGCGAUCACCUCGCGAAGAGUGGCAUUGAACAAGAUAUCGAUCUCUCUGUCACCGUUAUGACGUCGACGUUCUGGCCCAUGUCGCACUCCGCGGCGUCGUGCACGUUCCCCGCGCAGCUUAUCGACGCUUCACGGUCGUUCGAGCGGUUCUACCUUGCGCGGCAUUCUGGUCGCCGCCUUACUUGGCAGCCCGGACUCGGGAACGCCGACGUUCGGGUGAAGUUCAAGUCAAGAAAGCACGACCUGAACGUGGCGACGUUCGCUCUUGUCAUUCUCCUGCUGUUCGAGGAUAUCCUGGACGACCAGUUCUUGACAUACGAGGAAAUUAAGUCAUCAACGGCGAUCCCAGACGUCGAGCUCAAGCGGCAGCUGCAGUCGCUCGCGUGCGCGAAAUACAAGAUCCUGAAGAAGCACCCGCCAGGGCGCGAAGUGGGCACCGGCGACUCGUUCUCAUUCAACGCGGACUUCUCCGCGCCGCUACAGAAGAUCAAGAUCAGCACCGUCGCGUCGCGCGUGGAAAACACGGAGGAGCGCAAGGAGACGAAGGACCGCAUUGACGAGGAGCGCCGGCACCAGACCGAGGCGUGCAUUGUGCGCAUCAUGAAGGACCGGAAGCAUAUGACGCACAACGACCUGGUGAACGAGGUAACACGACAGCUCGCGAGUCGCUUCCAGCCGAACCCGAUGGCGAUCAAGAAACGCAUAGAGGGUCUCAUCGAGCGCGAGUAUCUGGAGCGCUGCGAGGACCGCAAGUCUUACAACUACCUGGCAUGACUGUAUUACCGCGACUGUAUUACCAGUGUAUUUCUCCUGCUCUCCCUUGUGCGCCUGCCAGAUCCUCUCCCGCGUGCAUGUGCAAGAAGCGUUCGAAACAAAUAAGAUUAGGCUCCAGUGUGUUAGGUCCCCUGGGGUACAUGCAUUACUCUACAGCCCUGUAACUCUAUAGCUCGUCCUUGGCGUGCGCGCCCUCUUCGCUGUCGGGGUGAAAGGCAAGAAGCAGGCGUUUCUUGGUUUCUGGGGAUAUCUCCGAGGGGAGCACAACAUCAUACUCGACAUAUAGGUCACCGUAUUCGGGACUCUGGUAUAAGGGCAUGCCUUCGCCCUUGAUUGUUUGCACGUAGCCAGGUUGUGUUACGCCGGUCCGCUUCAGUUCGACGAUGUGCUCGUCUAAAUGCGUGAGAUUCCGCUCGAAGCCCAACAAAGCCUCCUCGACACUGAUCGUCUCCUUCCAGUACAGCCCGCUCUCCUUCCUGCGCCAGCCACCGCGCUCCUUCCUGCUGCGGAUCCUGAGCACAACGUCCCCCGCCUCCCAGUCCGGGCUCUCGUCCGCCUCGCCCUCGAACACAACCUCGUGUCCCUCCGGCGCGCCCUUCGGGACCUCCAGUGUAUAAUGCUGCGUGUGGUCCAUGACCUUGUGCCCGUCGCAGUGCGGGCACUUGCGCCCAAUGACCUUCCCGCGCCCGCCGCACUCCUGGCACUGCACCUGGCUCUGCGUAAACAUCCCAGGCAUGAUUUGCUGCCGCACAAUCCGCACGCCCUGGCCCCCGCACGCGCUGCACGUGUGGAUGUCGUCCGAGGACGCGGCGCCCGUGCCGCGACAGUGGUCGCACAGGAUGCGCUUCUUGACCAUGAAGUCGAUGCUCGCGCCCGAGUAGAUGUCCGCGAGCGAGACCUCAAACUCGCUUAGCGACGUGGGCCCGCGCCGGACUUGCUGUUGGGCCUGGUGCCCGCCGAAGAAGUUCUGGAACAUGUCGAAGGGGUUCGCGUGGUGGCCCUGGCCGCCCUCGUGUGCGCGCAGGCCGUCCUCACCAUGGCGGUCGUAAAUUUGGCGCUUGGUGGAGUCGGAGAGGACCUCAUAGGCAUGAGCGAUCUCGACGAACUUCUCCUCCGCGCCUUCCUCCUUGUUCUUGUCUGGAUGGUAUUUGCGGCUUAGCCGCUUAUAUGCCUUCCGGAUGUCCUGCUCAGAGGCAGACUUGUGGAGGUCUAGGACUUUGUAGAGAUCGGCAGCAUGUACCAGCAGCGCCGCGAGGAGAACCACGAGCAGCAGCAGCGUCGGCGAGCC